UGCCGCCUUUGAUAUUUGCCGCCAACAGAGAAGCCGCAGCGGUUAGCCAAACACUUUUAACCAAUAUUAUUUCUGAUUUUUUCCGACAAAACCACGGAUGAUAAAUAAUCAUCAGUAGAAAGAGAACCAGGAACAGGAAAGGAGAGUCGGGGGUUGAGUGGUCAAAAUGCUGAGAGAAGGCAGUUUUAGACCCUACAUGAGAUUAGAGCAAGAUGAAAACCGGGGGGAGCCAAUUUUAAAGACAGGAAUCUCAUCUGGAAUCGGACAGAACUCUAGAAGCAGGCGCAGUGGAAUUAAAGAUUUGUGGAUUUCAUCGAAGUAUCUUUCUCAUCAGAUUUAUAAAGAUGAUGGGAUUAUGAGAGACCGGAACUCCCUGGGUGAGGAUGAAUGUGGUAGUCCGGAUGAGUAUGACUGGAAUGAACUCAAUGAUAAAAUCUGGAGUUUUUCUCCGGAUCCGAUCAGUUCUCAAGAAGAGUUUAGAUUACAAGAUUGGUGCUAUAAGUCUCCAACAGAGCGUGAACAUCUUAAGUAUGAACCUGAACAUGGUGUUGAAGACGAGAAGAACUAUGAGAUCCCAAUUCAACGUGUACAGCACCCAGCAGAGCGCAUUCAGGGCAAAGAAGAUCAGUAUGAUCAUCAGACUCAGUCGGAGCAGAAUCCGGAUCUUAAGUUCAUUCCAGGGGAAAGAGUCCGUCCUGAUAUGAACAUGAAUCCCUCUUCGGGAAGUGUAAAACCUCAGUAUGCAUGUGUGCCGAUUGUACCCAGGGUGAAAGUAGGAGUCUCUAAGAUUGACCUGGUCAAAGACAUGGAGGAGUGCGAUACAGAGACGGAGAGAAGACUUCACGUCUCUAAUAUAUCUUUUAAAUACACAGAGCUGGAUCUAAUUAAACUCUUCUCUCCGUAUGGAAGAGUUUCCGAUGCUGAGAUAAUCUACAAUGACAAGGGAUCCAAAGGGUUUGGAUUCAUUACAAUGUCGACCAAGGAGGAGGCUGAUGAGGCAAGAUUAAACCUGAACCUGAAACAGGUAGAGGGUAGAGUAGUUGAAGUGAAUCCAGCAACUAAACGUAUACUAACCAAACCAAGGAUCAAGCUGUCUCCUAUACCAAGAUAUUCUAACGCUGUUGUAACCUGGAGGAGAGGAUACAGAACCAUGUCUGAACAGGACCAAUCUGAAGCUCAAAAAGAUACAGAUGGAGAAUCUUUUGACAUAAGAAACGCUCUUUGCGUCCGCAGGUUUAAUGUUAAUCAACCUUCCGAUAUGAGUCGAUUGGAUCAAAUAGGACAGAUGAGAAGAACAGACCAGUCUGUGUCCUAUCAGACUCGAAGGACGUAUCAGCCGGAAUCCAAUCCGACAUUACCGAUACAAAGGAGGUAUCAGCCUAGUCAGAUUCAGAACAAAAAUCGAGCUGAGACCUCUUGGUCGGAGAAACCGAACUAUCAAGACUCCUACCGACAGAUGAAUACUACUGCUGAAGUAUCUAGACUAGUACAAAGAUCAGCUCCUACUCAAGAUCAAACCCCUGAUUUUCUUCGUGAAGCCUUCUCAGUAGAGGAGAUGAAGGUUCGAGCAGAGUAUAUCAUUAUGAGCGCCGAGGUUCAAUUGAAAAAGCUCCGGGAGCAGGCGACCUCGAAGACGAGGAACUCGCCCCAUACCUCAUGGAACCCUCCUCCUAGAACCAGUUCCAAGAUUGGCUCUGGCAGGUUCUUCGUAUAAAUUCAACAUAAUCAAAAUAUUUCCUAACGUAAUUGUAAAUUUUUGUAAUCAUUUUUCAAUCUUUUUGUAAAUUUUGACACUUUACUAAAUUAUCUGUGAUUAAAACAAUAUUAUAAUGCCAUGUUUUAAGAAAACUGUGAUGACCUGUAAAACACUUCUCUACGAAAACCAGUUUAGGCUUCUUACAAAUUUAAUCUUAUUAGUAAUAUUGUUUAAUUUUUAUUUUUGAGCUUAAAAAUUAUCUGUGCUAAAAAGAAGUAAUAUUAUUAUAUUAACUCCAGAAAUGAAACCCAGUUUUUUAAAUUAAAACAUUUUUAU